CUGCAACGAUUUGCUGCAACCAAGCAAAGCAAACAAUAGCAACACUCCGAUCAACGCCGCAGUUGCACGCCGCACCGACCGAGAUGGCUGACUGCUACCACGGCGGCAGGACCGUGUACUCCAACACCAACGAGUGCUACGACGGCGGCAGGACCGUGUACUCCAACACCGACGAGUGCUACGACGCCGGCAGGCACGGCAGCAGGAGGGUGUACUCGCACACCGACGAGUGCUACGACGACGUCGACCGCAGGAGGCCGGCGUACGCCGACGACUGCUACAACGGCGGUGGGUAUGGCGCCAAGCAGGCCGCCGUCUACUCCGAGGAGGACUACUCCCGCGGCGGCUAUGGCGGCGGGCAGGAGUACUACAAGAGGGAGGAGAAGGAGCACAAGCACCGGGAGCGCCUCGGUGAGGUCGGCGCCCUCGCCGGCGGCGCCUUCGCUCUGUACGAGGGGCAGCGUGCGAAGAAGGACCCAGAGCACGCGCAGAGGCACAGGAUCGAGCAGGGCGUGGCGGGUGUGGCGGCGCUAGGCGCCGGCGGCUACGCCUACCACGAGCACCGCGAGCACAAGGAGGCCCGCCACCAGGGCAACGAGCACAGGGUGCCGCACGGCUACUACUGCAACUGAGAUGCUGGAUCGACGAUAUGCCAACGGCGAGCCUCGCCGCAGCUUCAAGCCGGCGCGCGGCGAUGUGGUCAUGACAUGACGUCCGUGUGUGUGCAAGUAAAUAAGAGCAAUUAAAUAUAUAUGACGUGUGUUGCUCACCGCUCUUAGUAUAAUCAAAUAAAGUCGGCUUGCAAAUAAGAGCAUGCUGCAUGCAUGCAUGUAUGUACCGUACGUGUCUGAUCACUCUGCUUCUGCAUUCUACUCUGCAGUGUCAGCGUGUAACAAUUAUUUAUACAAUUAAGUUAUGUGUU